GAUUUUUUUUUUUUUUUCAAUGGUCAACGAAAGGCGACGCUUCUGCACCUGUCCGUUCCCGUCAACUGAACGACUGUUUGUCAUCGUCAUCACUCUAUUCCAAUCAAUCUGACUGUAUUUCAUCUUUGAAAUACCAAAUUGCCCCAAAUAAUCAUUUAUUAUUGCCUUUAACAUCGACACAUUCAUUGCAGUUUCCAUCAUGACGUCGCCGCCAAAAAGAAAGAGUGCAUCUAAGAGUCCACCCAUUCUCCCUGCAGAGUUUCUUACUCCUGGACCAUCAGGCAUGCCUGCUCCUCCUGUACCUUCGCCUCAUCCAGGCACUACUCGUAAGGCUUCUAGCAACAGCGAUAUAGGCAUUCUCAAGCCAUCGGGCCAGGUCUCACAAAAUGAUGACAGACUUUCGCACCUGCCUACCCUUCAACAUGGACAGAAUAGUGGUAGUGAAAGCAGUGGAAGCGCACAACAAAGUCACUCUAUUACAGAGACGCCUUAUUUAGAUGAUUCACCAGUAGAAUAUACUGCAGGGCAUCAGCUCAGUCAAAAGUCAUCUACCAGCGGCUCGGUACGAGGCGAGACAAGGCCUGCGCGAUACACUCAAUAUCACCAUGAGGCUGAGUCCCAGUCGAUGGACCUGCUUUCCGUUCAAGAGGGCAGCGCAUCUGGCCACGAUAAUACACAAGAAAUGAGCUUUGUUCAUUCUGAGGUUUCCCAUAUCUUCAAUGCGUCGGACGAAUCAGGAAGUAGCAAGGCAAACAAUAGUUUUGGUACAAACACCAGUGGUUCAAGCAACAGUCGCACGUCAGACUCACAAGCUUCUGACAUCAGUUUCACGAAUGCAGAAACGUCCACUCCUCGACGUACACCCAUUCCUGCCGUCCCCUCUCAAAAAUCGACAGUCUCGGACUCGGAUCAAAACCCUUCAUCUUCAUCAUCUCAGCUCUCCCCUACGAGGAUUAUUUCGGCCUCGGUUCAGCAUCGACAUCGACAAGUAUCCGUAGCAUUAAUCGAAACUCAAAGUCAAGACCAAGGCCCGAGCUCUGUCAGACCAAUCUCUACAAUCCCAGAAGAUGAUGUCUUAAAGAUCUCUGAUGACAACACGCAGCAGGGCUUAGGUGAUGAUGCCUUAAAGAUCCCUGAUGACAGCACGCAGCUGGGCUUUGGUGAUGACAUUUCAUCAGAGGAAGUGGAAGCGGCCUUCGUUGAAGUGCAAGGUGAUACAAACGCAACUCAAGAUUUUUGCAACCCAGAAUCGGUUUCUGUUAAAUUGGAAGGCGAUACUCAAGACCUGGCUUCGCAAGAUAUCCUUAGUGCAAAGGAACCGCCGCCACCGCCUGCUAAGCACAAAAAGCGUGGCGACAGAAGGACUAAAGGAUCCCAUGUAAAUACGUCGCUGGACUCGACUGAACAAAAUUACGAAUUCUUGAGCAGUGAUGAUGACGAGGCUAGCCGAUCGACAUUGGAUAACCGACUUGACCUUAAUAUGUCACAGUCGAUAGCCCAAAGUGAUCACUCUGUACAGUCGCGGUCACUGUCAUCACGAUCUCAACGCGUUUCAGUUACGACAACCUCUACUACAGUAUCGGUUUCUUCAACGACGAACCAAAAAGAGAAAAGCGCAGAUGUUAAUACUAAUAUUACCCCUCAAAAUAACUCUGCCGAACAUUCUGUGGAAUCUGUACUGGAGACACAGGAAAUACCGGAGUCUGCUAGCCAACAGGUGCAGAGGUCUUUUAAUGUCCGUCCCUCAAAGUCACCACGUUCUCGACCGACAACUAAGCUGCCUUCUCCACGCCGAAGUCGCUCUGAUCGAUCCACACCUUCCGAAACGACUGACGCACAGGCGCUGCCUUCCUCGCAAUCUAGUGAUACGUCACAAUCGUCGCAGGAUCCAAUCCUUUCACGCCUGAGAUCAGCUGCAUCCCAAGAGACCGGAGUCGAGCCCGUCUUCUCUGCCGUACCAAAACGCCGAAGAAUCAGAUCCGUUGAGGCAAAUGCUGUUCAAGUGACUACAUCUGUAGGCGAUGAGGAAUUCUGGAGCUCAGAUCCCUAUGAUUCAUCGAGCAAAGAUCGUAAUCAGCGGUCGCGCUCCCCAUCUCAGGAGAUCUUUUCUCUCCCCCAUGGAGAGGAAGAAGAGAAGGGGCAGGAGGAGGAGGAGGACUUAUUUCCUCUAGGGUCCCGGCAUGGGCAUAGUUCCCAAUCAGAAGAUGAAGGACCUUCUAGCCCUGGGAAAAAAGGGAGCCCAAGAGGAUCCAGAUCAUCUCGCAAGCUCCCCACAACUAGAACAAUCCAAACGCGUGAUCUUCGUCGGAGAAGUGCCUCUCAAGCGUCUGGAUCCACUACCACGCCGACCAUGCGACGACUUCGCUCCUCAGCUACUGAGGUUUUGCGCGCAUAUAAGGCCAACGCGGCAGUUUGGGCUCUUUGGCAAAAAUCUAGAUCUAAAUCCUAUUAUGCGGGCAGAGUAAUCCAAAAGAAAUCUGAGAACAAGCAUAUCGUUCGUUUUAUAGAUAAUUACGAGCAGGAGUGCAAAAGUUCAGAUAUGAGGCCUCUCAUGCUCAAGCUUGGUGUUAAUGUGACUGUCAACAUUAAAGAAAGCAAGGAAUAUCCCGCUACAGUUGAAGGUUUUCAGAUAAAUCCAGAGGAAAUCGAAGAGGCGCGUGUUGAUGUCCGAUAUGGCGACGAUCUCGAAGCCACUGUUCGGCUACAUCAAAUCAGUAUGACGCAGAGCCAGCUUGAAGAUGCAGAUAAUAUGAUAGAAUGGGAUGAAGAAAGUGUUGGGCUUUCAAGCGAGACCGAACCCUCGACUUCAUCGUCGACUCCACCUGGUACUCCGCGUAAAGGCAAGAGCAUAGCACAACUGGGAAGGGAUGAUGCAGGACCAUCUACCCCAAGCCGCCGUGGCAAGAAAGCAACCCCACAAGCUGGACCACAGACCCCAAGUCGUAGAACACAAGAUCUGUUCAAGGGUUUUUAUUUUGUUCUGUCAGUGAGUUUCGGUCAGAAACGAGCUGCGGGUUAGAUUACUGAUUACAUUGUUUUUAACUAUAAGGAUAAACAACAGCAUGGGGCACACAACUUAUCUAUGUUAUCAAUCUAUCUUUCGAACAUUACUUCAAUUAGAGAAAGAGCUUACAAAGAA